AUGGGCGGCGAAGACGCACGUCACGAGGAAAAGAAUGCAGAAGACCUGGAAGAGCUGGAGAUGGAGGAGGCGUUCGACCGGGGCGACCUCGUCAUCUUCGACGACGCCUCCAGCACCUCGCUCGACUCUCUGCCCAUCACGGCGUCCGACGACGAGGACAUCCAGCCUCCGGACUCGCCGAUCCGUCUGCCGGCGCCGUUGCCCGGCGGCCGGGAGACCUUCCCCGACCGGCCUCGCUACUACAUCUACGACGCCGACGUCAUCGAGUUCAUCAUGAAGAUCGACCCGAGCAUCUACUACGUCACCAGCGCCGGCAGGGUCGUCCAGAACUUUGGCGAGUUCAUCGAGGAGGUCCGACAGCUGCCCGAAAAUGAGCACGUCAGCUUCUCCUUCCACAUCCGGAUGAGGGGAGGCAAAGGAGGUAAGGAAUCUGAAGCUGAUACAUAAUUCGAAAAGAACGAAUAAAUUUAGCGGGAUUCAGUGAAACAUUCCGUAGUGGGUAGUAAAGGAAAUAAGUGCCAAUAUCCUCAAAUAGCAUAAAUGUUGAAUUACUUUUUUUUGAAACUCGAUGAGAAAAAAAUCUAAAAAAAUUUAAUAUUUAUUGUUUUUUUCAAGGCUUCGGCUCCCUGCUGCGAUCGUUCCGAGUCAACAAAAAGUACAAAUCAAUUGAUGAUGCGGGACUUAAACGGGCGAAGGUUGGCCUCUAUCGACGAGGAGAACAAGCUGAAGAAACACUUGGAACGGGCCGCCAGGAAAGAUCAAGAGCGGAGGGCCAAAAAGGUGGGAAUUCGAAUAAAUCAUACAGUUUUUAUAUUUCAAAGCAAAGAGAUUCUUAGCAAAAAAAUGAGGCAAUUUUAUUAUUUUUCUACUUUGCUGAGCAAAAAUCGCGAGUUUUGAGGAAACUAUGUAGUUUAUUUUAUUUUAUGAACAAGUUAUUUUUGGGGUUGGUAAUCCUCUCAUAGUUCUUGUGAAGUUUUUUUCAUCUCAAACAGUCAAAGACAAACUUUUUCUUUGCUUUUUUUAGUUAAUUCAACAUUUUUUUCAAAAAUUUCAUGAACUUUUAUAGCUAGUUUCUGGUUCAAAAAAACCAUAACUUCGAUUUUUUAUAAACAAUAAAGUAAUUUGAUAAGCCUUCUCAAAUUUCAUAACUUGAUUCGUUUUAAGACAAGCCAAACUGGAAAGAUUAACGGCUGGGCCAGGCAAACACGAUUUCAACGAUCCUGACUACAUUUCGAAGCGAGACGAGAUCCUGGAAAAGACGGAGGACGCCUGUGAGGCUGGUGGGCAUGAAAUUAGAGAGAAAAUAUUCAAUCAUCCGAUUUUCUUAAGGAUUCGCCUACAUGAAGGAAAUGCGAGACAAGAAGCGACAGGCGAAUGGAGAAAAAGUCGCCCUGGAAAAUGACAGCGAAGAUUCUGACGGUAGAAUUUGUAGAAAAAUGAAGAAAAUGAAGAAUUUUCGUUUCAGAAGACGUUGAGGACUUGUUCAACUCGCGCGGCGGUCGAAAGAGAAAAAUUGAGGAUCCGACGGUUGAUGAUAACGCUGAGAAGAGAAUGAAGUAAGGAUGAACCAAGUUUGAAAAAUAUAGGGACCGGAAACGGGGAAUUUCCGGGGAAUUUCUGGAUAUUAUUGUCUAUUUUGUCUAAUGAAAAAAAUAAAUUUAUAAAGUGAUAUUUUUUUUCUUGUUCAUUUGCCAUUUUAAAUGUUUCAAUUAGAUCAAACUGGUUCGAACAAAUUUUGAAGAGCUUUGGGAAUUUUUUAAUAUAUUUAUCAGUUAUUUUGAAAGUUUACCAAUUGAACAUUGAUGAUCAGUAAUAAACAGCUUUCAAAUUGUUUUUGAGAAGUAGUUUAUAACGGCCUCAUAGUGACUCCAUCGUCUUUCAAGGUAAUAAGAUAUUUUCGGCCAUUUUUGAAAUUUAUAGCAAGUAGCGUCGAAGUAUGUUUGAAAAUAUUAAUUUCAUUUUUUUUAAUCACUAAACGUAUUUUUUUCUCUUCGAACCUUAUUUCUUAAGCGGCAGACAUAGAUUGCUGAGAUCAUUUCAGAAAUGAUCACAUUUUGAGAAUUCGAAAAACUAAGUGAUACAAAAACCCGAAAAGCUUUUCAUGAUGUUCUUUGAACAAUUUCGAAGGGCGAAAAGACUUUCGAACUGAAUUUGUGAAAUUCAUCAGUUAAUCUUGAUUUUACAGGGAUGAUGAAGACGACAGCGACACGGACUCGGAAGAAAAUGAGAUUUCUGCCGAGGAGAUCGCGGCUCUCAAAGAAUAUUUCGACAACAAGGCGAAAGAGGACGCGACGACGUCAAAUGGCGUCGAUUCUGAAGUCCAUCCGACGCCGAGCGAAGUCGACAGGCCAAUUGAAGCUGAAGGACAUCCCAGAAUGAGUACUGAUGUUAGUAGGAUGAAUUGAGGGAAGAAAAGAGCCAAAACAAGGGUUUUUACAGUUCAAAAGAAAGGCGUCGUUUUGAAAUGGGAAAAUUAGGUAUUUACUUGUUUUAUUUUCGAAUUCCUGAAUGGGAAGAUCGUUUUUGCACUUGCAAACUUUGAACUAGAGUACUUUUUCGCUUUCUGCCGAAAAAUUAAUAGCAAUGCUAUGAAGAUCAAAUCGUGGCUUUCAAUUUUUUCCUCGAAAAGAUUUUUCUCCUCGAAAAAAAUGGCUUUUUCUUGCAACUAGGUAUGUGAGGAUUCGGAUCGAGAAAGCUUCAAAUAAUCCGAUUCUCUCAAAAAUUUAUGGUUUCUUCUUUUUUGUCAUUUUUUAAAAGCAUCACUUUCGCGGAACCUAAGGUCCCGUGGCGAAUAAAUAGGCGAUGGCGCACAAUAUUUUAAUAUUUUCUCAUUUUUCAAAAAAGUAAUAGAAAUCUAGUAAUGAAGAACUCUUACUUUUUUUCUAAGACAAUUGUUAACGAUUAAUUCGAAGUUUCUCUAUUUCAGAGCGCUGCAAACGUUGACGACCUGCCGAAAAUUGAUGAGAAAACGCCUUGUGAAUAUCCGCCAGUGAAUUUGGAUGAUUUCUCGAGUGCCGGCGAUUUGGAACUGUUGGGAUUGGAACAUUUGAAGAGCGCGUUGACAGGUUUGUAGGAAAGAAAAAAACAUAAUAUUUGUUUUUUUGAUGGUUUUUAUACUCCUUUGACGUGAAAUUUUUUUCGGAUAUUCAUUUAGAAAUCCUUGCUGAAGUUGUUGAAGGCGUGGAAAAAUUUGCAUGACUUUGUAUAAAAUUUUAAAAAAAUUUUUAUUUUUUUGAAGUACGAUUUGAUUUUUGAAGGCUGAGGUUAUUUUUUUGCCUUUUUCGUUGAAGAACUCUUCCCAGGCUUUUUGAAGGCGAAAAAAAGUUUUUUUGAUUACCAAAAAAAUAAUAUAAAAAAUGGCUCUUCGCCUUGAGACCUUUGUUUGAUUUUUCGAUGCUCCUUCCAACUCCUAUGAAAACUGUUUUUAUUCUUGUUCUCUCCAUUUUAUACGUUCAUUAUGAUCUCCACAAACUCUUUUCCUCUUUCAGAACGUGAAUUGAAAUGCGGCGGAUCGCUUUCGGAACGAGCCGCGCGGCUAUUUUCUGUCAAGGGUCUCAAUCCGAAAAACUAUCCCAAUGCUAUCUUGACCCCAGCCGCCAAGGCUCGACUGGCACAGGAGGAAGCGGAAGAACAGUCCAAGAAGAAGAAGAAAAAGUCGAAGAAGAACUGA